UUGUUAUUUCUGCGCGUAUGGCAAUUUGCAACGCGUUUUUAUUUAUUAAUUUUUUAUUUAGUUUAAGUACCUAAAUUUGCGAGUAUAGCACACGAAAUAAGGCAUCAUGCGUUUCCAGCAAUUCUUUAAAAGUUGCAAUUGAAGCAAGCGCUGGGUACGUGUGUGAGCUAAACAUUAUUUUAGUAAUUGCAAAAAUUGUUUAGUAAUUAACGGAACUCAUCCGCGUUUAGAACAAUGCACAUUAGAAUGCAUUUAGUGCGCUUUAUGUACAUAAAUCUAGUAUUAAGUUGUUGCUUUUGGCUAUACGAUAAUGUUGCAGCUGCAGAUGCGUCUGCAAAAAAAUUCAAUGGCGCAACAAGACGUGCCAUCGAGAAACCAGCAGUAAACGCGGCGCCAGCACAUCUAGACACAGCGGCGCCGAAAAAUGAAAAAGCUGCGGAGGUACAGGUCGAGAUCUUGCCAAAUUACAAAAAAUUGAAAAAAGUGUCAAUCGAAACAUCAACGACAGCAAAUAAAGCAGAAGAUAACGAAGUCACGGAGUAUGGCACAGGGCCAGAGAUAUCGCCUUCGUCGCCGAGAAUAAGUGCAAAAUCCAAUCAACACGCGGCGAAAGACACGUCAGUGGUGCGCGAAAAUGUAAAUGCGUUGCCAUUAGCAGUGUACCAUGAUCAUAUUAAUAAUAAUGAUAAUUACGCUGAUAUUAGUGUAAAUCCUAAUAGUGAAAAUUAUGGCGCAGCUGUUUAUGAGCAGAACGCGCAAGUGAAUGAUGCAACAGAAGCAGCCGAAGUGCCAAAAAAUCAAUUAAAUAAUAUUAAUAUGUAUUAUGAUAAUGCUCAACGAGUGUGUAGUGAUAGUUUAGUUGUUAAUACAAAUAAUCAACCAAAGCCAGCAGGCGAUACUGCACCGUCAACGCUGGAACAGCCACAAAAACCACAACAGACAGAACAGAGUUUCCCUGAGAUCAUAGCGGAGUUACCAACCGUGACGGUGACAGAGCUGCCACUGGAGCAUGUGAAGAAUCGCAUGGAUGCGGUUAUUUUAGACAAGACUCAAGAAGCAGCGAGUGAUCAGCCGCGGAAUAAAAGUGAAGAGCAGCAGCAGAUCUUCGAGAAUGGCAAGGAGGCGGCGCAAAAGGAUGAUCAGGUACUCAAAAUAAAUGAUCCUGGCGGAGGUAUAAGUUUAGAGGCUACUUUUGGCGCAGAAGCCAAUGCCACAGUUGUUGUGAACUCCACAGAAUCAGCCAGUGCUGACGGCUCUUCGUCAGAAGCGAAUAUUAACAAAACUUUGGCAACGAAUAUUACCGCCGAGGAGGUGCCGAUGCCGGUCUUCUCCGAGUGGGCGCAGAAGCAGAUGGAGGCGGAAGCUAGUCGCGAGCAAGCCAUGGAGCUGGAGCAGCAGGUGGUCAAUAGCUCAACGCAACGACGCAAUGCGACUGCCAGUGGAAGCGGCAAGCAGCCUACGCUUAAGCUGCGAGCGAAGAAUUAUGCUUCACCGGACUGUGGGGCCAAGAUCAUUGCCUCAAAUGGAGAUGCUACCAACACGGGUGCCGUCUUAAGUCACUCGAGCGAUGAAUACAUGCUAAGCACGUGUGGCAGUCGCAUCUGGUUUGUUGUGGAGCUCUGUGAGGCCAUCCAAGCGCAGAAGGUGGAGCUGGCCAACUUCGAGUUAUUCAGUUCGUCGCCAAAAAACUUCACGGUGGCUGUUUCAAAGCGAUUUCCCACACGCGAUUGGUCCAAUGUAGGCCGGUUCGUGGCCGAGGAUAAACGCACAGUGCAGCCUUUCGACCUGCAUCCCCAUCUCUUUGGCAAAUUUGUCCGUGUGGAUAUACACUCGCAUUAUUCCAAGGAACACUUUUGUCCCGUAUCGCUGUUUCGUGUUUUUGGCACUUCGGAAUUUGAGGCUUUUGAAACGGAAAUACGGCACAGUGAUGAGCUGGAUGAUUUCUAUGAUGAUUUCGCCACACAGGAACAUGUUCAAGCGCACAAGACAGGCAGCAAUAAUAUAUUUCAAAGUGCCUCUGACGCGGUUAUGCAAAUGGUGAAAAAAGCUGCCGAAGUACUGGUCAAGCCCACGAAGGCUUUUCGUUGGACCAGUGAGCCCCUUGUCUGUCAAACGCCUACCUUCGGCAUCUAUAGUUGUGGCAGUUGCAACAGCACCGUGGUGGAACGCAUCAACAGCCUGCUCUCGUGUCAAUUCCAGCAGCUGCAGGUCCUGCUCGCGUUGCCUCAAAUGCGUCAGCACAUGCAACAGACUCGUGUGUGCAACGAAGAAUUUGGGUUAGAGGCGCAGAAAUUGGAGUCGGAAACUAGCGCGAUGACCAAACAACAGAGUUAUUAUUUAAGUAUGUUACCUACGGAAUACAUUGGUGCUAUGUGCAAGUUACUGGAGGCAGAGCAGCCAGGUAAGCACGCCCCAAUGCUGAAGCAGGAGCAUGUGGACUCGAACAUGCAAGUGGCUCAGCAGCAAACGAAUCUCAAUGUACCGGAGCGAAACCUCAGUGAAUCGUCUCCUGAGGUGCAAGUGCCUGUGAAGUCGCAGGAGCAAGUGGAGCCAACAACGCCAAUCGCAGAAGAUAAGUUGCCAGCUUCCCAACAGCAACUACAGCAGCCACCUGUGGCAGCCAACGAGGACACGCCUAUGGCAGAAGCAGCAACGACCAUACCAACUAAGGUCACACCCACGCCCUUACCUGCAGAUGUGAACAUCUUUAAUGUGCCGCUGGAAACGGAAAAGAUGGAACUAUACGCAAAUAGCAACGAGCAAAUGGCAGCAGAAACGCCUAUGGUAGCGCCUUCCGAAAGUAGCGAGCCAGAGACAGCAACAACAGCAGGAACCAGCAUACCAGCUUCACAAGCAGCUGUCGAGCCCCUGGGAUCAGGUAUUGACCCAAUGGCUGGACAAACAAGCGGCAGUGGCUACGAGGACAACAAUCCAAACAAUUGGGAAAGCAUUGAUAACUUGUUAACCACCACGGUCGCUUCCAUAACAGCGGGCGGUGGGGCGGCAGCAGCAGCUGCAGCUGUUGUCAAUGGAAAUGGCGGGACGGCAGCGGUUGGCAGCGGUACUACAGGCGCCGGCCUCAAUUUGCAACAAAAGCUGACAAAUGGCGCGCAGUCAGAGAGCGUUUUCAUUAGGCUCUCGAAUCGCAUUAAGGCGCUCGAACGAAAUAUGUCGCUGUCGGGUCAAUAUCUGGAGGAGCUCUCGCGUCGCUAUAAGAAGCAAGUAGAGGAGCUACAGCAGACGCUUACGCAGCAAUCGCUAACAGUGCGCACUUUGGAGGAUCAGAGUCGUCGCUUCAUCGAACAGGAGCAGCUGUAUCGACAACAAAGUGUCGAGCUUUCGGGAGAAGUGCGAGCCCUCACCUAUCAGGUUCAGGCCUGCAUUCUGGUCAUCAUUAUAGUGGGCACAUGCAUAUUCCUAAUGCUAGUCCUGGGCACUGUCUAUUAUCGAAAAUUGCGCCGGCAGACCUUACAACUAAAACCUACAGCAACGCUUGCGACAACUGUAGCCAAACAAAAACUGAGCCGUCGUAAAUCCUACGAAGAAAUGCCAGUCGCUGAGCCUAUGGAACCAAAAAAGAGAAGACCCAGCGAGGAAGCGAUGCUAAUAUUAAAAGAUUGUCGCCAUUCUGUAGUGGAGCGCGAGGGAGCGCUAGAACUCAACGGACAGCGCCAGAGAAAGGUGUCCGUCUGCUAUGGCAGCAACAACAACAUCACAGCCAACAUGCUAAAUGCCAGCGCCAGGGCGUCCCUGCACAAACGCAAGGGUGCUAAGCACUCUUGGCACAGCACUCUCGACAGCUCGUCCACAUCGUGUGUGGAGCAAUUGGACAAAUUCUUCGAUGUGGAUACGCUUAAGAGUAACAAAUCGCAACAAAUCGGAAAACCCGGUAGAAAAAAGUUACAGCAGGCACUCAAGCGUCAGGAAUCAGCUCCAGGUUGCUACACACAGAGCACUGACUUAACAUCCGUCACAGCAAACGAAGAGGAGCGCACGCAAAGCGACUUCGACGAAAGUCUCAUGCUGGACGACGAUGAUUUGGAAAACUUCAUACCCACCAGCGACUUGGCGUACAAUGAAUUCAUGCCAGGGGGCCCGUCGGGCUAUCAAAUUGUGGACUCCGUCGACGGUCACAUGAAGCAGUCUCAGCCGCAAUGCAAGGAACAGUCCUCGAAAAAGUCCAGACGCCUCUCAUCGCCAGCAUUUUUCAAGUCACCGUUUAGUAAGAAUAAAAAUAAGGGUGGCAGUUUCAAUGGCAGUUCCGUGGGAGUUAAGCUAAAAAACAGUCAUUCGGCACACGAGGCUACAUCAUGGGAAUGGUAUCGCUUGCGUCGGUCGGAAAAACAACAACAGCAUCAACAACAGAAACAGCUCAAACUCUUCUCCAAUGGUGGGGCUACUUCGCCGAAUGCAAGCUUGGACUCUUCAUCGCUGUCAGAAAUUAAUUUUCCACUCCAUUCAAAUCAUAACUCUUUUCGCAUUCUCGGUGAGGCGAUAAUGUCAUCGGGUGAGAGUAAUACGACAACCACUGGACAUUCGAAUGGCAAUCAUGGAAGUAGAGGCAACAGCAGCGGAGGCAGCGGCAGCGGCGACAGUACCACAUCAUCCACUACGAAAAAGAAACAACGAUCUUUCAAUAAUAUAUUUCGUAAAGUCUUUUAAAAGUAUAGUGUACCCCAACAUCUACCCUAUUGCCCAGUGUUCAACUACCAUGUACCAUCAAUUGCACUUUGUGUUUCAAAAACUGUGUUCAUCAUUGUGCCGUUGUUACUUACGAUUAGGCAGAUUUAUUUUACAAAUUGAAUGUAAUUAUCUUCUUACGACAAAAUUUCGAGCGCUAAAUUGUUGAUAACAACGCGUAA